AUGUCUAUAGAGUUUCCUCCAUUAAAGAAUGAUCUUCUUCUCAGGGCUGCAAGAGGUGAAAAGGUUGAACGCCCUCCACGCCAGGCAGGUCGUUAUUUGCCUGAAUACCAUGAAAUCGGGCAAGAUAUUGAUUUUUUUGCUAAAUGUCGCUCUCCAGAACUUGUUUCAGCUAUAACUAUUCAACCUGUCGAUAGAUAUGAUGGAUUAAUUGAUGCAGCUAUUAUUUUUUGUGAUAUUCUUGUGAUACCGCAAGCUUUGGGCAUGGCUAUCAAAAUGGUGGAUAAAAAAGGCCCAUGUUUUUUAAAUCCUCUUGAAACACCUGAUGAUAUUCAAAAAUUAAAGUUGAAGAUUGAUAUAAAGAAGGAAUUGGGGUAUGUUAUGGAUUCAAUUACACUUACAAGAAAAAAAUUGAAUGGACGGGUUCCACUUUUUGGAUUUGCAGGAGCGCCAUGGACAUUAAUGACGUAUAUGAUAGAAGGAGGUAGAUCUAAAACAUUUGAAAAGUCAAAAACAUGGAUUUACAAAUAUUCUGAAGCUAGUAAAAGAUUACUCGAGUGUUUAACAGAUAUUGUGAUUGAAUUUCUUGCACAGCAAGUUGUAGCAGGUGCGCAGAUUAUUCAAGUUUUCGAUUCUCAUGCAGGAGAAUUAUCUCCAUAUGAUUUUAAGGACUUUUCUUUACCUUAUCUUAGUGAUAUUGCAAAAAAAUUACCUCAACGCUUAAUACAACUUGAGCAAUCAUUGGUUCCUAUGGUUGUAUUUGCAAAAGGUGCUUGGUAUGCAUUAGAUUCUCUUUGCAGUCUUGGAUAUCAUUGCGUUAGUUUAGAUUGGAAACAUGAUCCUGAAGAUGCACAAAAAAUAAACCGUGGACGAUGUACACUUCAGGGUAAUUUGGAUCCAUGCAUACUUCUUGGGGAUAUUAAUACAAUUACACAGAGAACAAAAAAUAUGAUUCAAAGUUUUGGGGGUGGUAAACAAUAUUUGAUUUGUAAUCUUGGUCAUGGUAUAUUACAUACAACUCAUCCAGAUUCUUUGAAGAUUUUUUUUGAGGCAUGUCAUAAUUAA